AUAGUUGUGCCAAGUUUAUAACUGAUUCCUGGUGUAUAUCAAAUAAAAAUGUAGAAUUGCAUUUAUCAAAAUAUCUUCUAAGAAUGAAGAGGAUGAGUUUCCGAAUUUUUUACGUCAGCUUGUUUGCAACUUGUACUUGUGCAUAUCAAAAUUUAGCUUUAGGGAAACCUGCCUGGCAGAAAACCAACUUUUCACAAAUCUGGGGAGCAGACAAGGCUGUGGAUGUGAAGUAUACUGACCGUGGAGCAAAAGGUAACGAGUGUACAAUAUCAGCUGACAAAAAUCAAACUGCAGAAUGGAGGGUAGAUCUACAGAGUGUGGUCAGCAUCAGUUACAUCAACAUCUUCUACAGGACGGAUAAUUAUCCCAGUCCAAGUGCAUACACUGGCAGAUUUGCUGGAUUUUCCCUCUUCAUUUCAAACACGACAUCAAAGUACGAUGGCCAUCUUUGUUUCCAUGAGAUACAGAAUGUGAAUGGCACACCUAUAGAGGACCAGAGAAUCAACUGCUCUCUGUAUGGACGUUAUGUAAUAUAUUAUAAUGAACGGAAACCUGGCGUUGUCUAUCCUGGUUACUAUUCUACGUACGCAUUCAAUGAAUUGUGUGAAUUGGAAGUCUACGGAUGCCAUAUUCCAGAAUAUUAUGGAGAAUAUUGUAAUCAAUCAUGUUCAGUUUAUUGUCAAGAACAGCAAUGUGAUGUCGUAAAUGGUGACUGUGUAAAUGGGUGUGUAUCAGGAUAUCAAGGUCUGCAAUGCACUCAUA